AAUCAAAUCAGCUGGUUUUGCUGGCCGUGUGUUAGAAACAAAUAUUUUCCAACAAAUUUCGUCAGAUAACGACACGGUACUACUUUAUGUGUCAUACACACAAGUCAGCCAUACUUCAGUUCAGUUGUUAAUAACAAAGUCGCCAUUACAGUUUCGCUAAUCGAGAAAGUUGAUAGAUUGAACGUUUUAGAUCACUCAUCGAGUGCAUUCAAGCCUUUACAUAUAUAUUUGUGUGCAAGCUAAUUAAUAGUUUAAAUUGUCGUUUAUAAUCGUUCGAGUCGGACACUAUAAAAGAUAAAAAAUAAACUAAAAAAUGAAGUGGUUAUUGGUAUUGUCAGCCGUCCUUGUAGCAUUCACAAAUGCACAAGAUACUUGCUACUACGAAUCCGUACAGGGUUGUAAUUCACCAAUAGCAAAUGAUGACCUCGUCAAUUGUAAUGCCGUCUUUUCCGGCUUUGCAAAGAACGUCGGCGUACUUCAACGAUAUGCCAACCAUCAAAUCGAAAAAUCCUUUGAAUAUUUACUGCUCUCCGCUAAUUUCGGAACCUUUGUCAAAAAUCGUCCCGGCUUCGAAAAACAAUUCCGCAGCCUGUCGGACAAGUCGUGGAGCAAUGGCAUUGAGCUGAUUAAGCAUAUCACUAAACGAGGCGGUGCCCAUGACUUCACAAUCACGUCGAGCAACAAGACCGAAAAGAAGCAGAUCUUGGAUCUGAACGAACUCAAUGCAUUGGCAUUGACAUUGGAUUACGAGAAAACGUUGGCUUUGGAAGCACAUCACAUUCACGAGAAAUAUUCGCAUGCCAAACAUCCAACUGAAUAUGAUCCAGAGAUCGCUCAUUUCAUCGAAGAAGAAUUCAUCGAGGACCAAGCCAGCACCAUUCGCAAACUGUCUGGUUAUACAAACGAUUUGAAGAAAUUGUUGAAGGAAUACAAGGAUACCAACGACGUUUCGUUGUCGUUGUACUUGUUUGACGAAUAUUUGGGCAAACAAGAAUAAAUAUUCCGUUGAUUUCGUUGAUCGUUUUCGUCGUUAAACGUUUUCAGUGCAGAGGAGAAAUAUUUUUUAAUUACAAAGAAGAUGAAACAUUAAGUGAAAUUCAGAUUCCUUUUUGAAAUAUAAAGCCACAAAAUUCAAUAAAUUAUUUUUUGAUCAAAAAAUGCGAACAAAAAAUUCAGAUUUUAACUUUUCUUAUUAUUAAUUCAUUGCCAUCAGCGUCUAGAGUAUCAAAGUCUAUCAAGUUCAAAACGAACGGAUUCUAACAAUGU